GUGGGGCCUCCACAGAUGCACCGCCAGAGACUGGCCCUGGGUCUGGGGAUCUGCCUGUUGGGGGGCACAAGCCUCAGUGUCCUGUGGGUGUAUGUUGAAAACUGGCUACCGGUCUCCUAUGUCCCCUAUUAUCUCCCCUGCCUAGAGAUCUUCCCCAUGACGAUGGCUCUUUCUUGCCUCUGCCACCAGCAACACGAAGCUGCACUGCGAGAGGGAGAAGCCACUCCAGCCCAUGGCAUGGUCACAAUACCCCCAGCCCUAGCUGCUGGAGCGCAGGUACAUAAUAGUACCUAGCUCACUGGAGGCUGGAGGAGCAGAGGACAGUUGUAACAUGUACACCGUGCUUGCAUUCAGUAGGUGCUCAGGCUGUUGUUCAUGACGAUGUUGUCUUGCCCUUAUUAAUGACCCUCAUUUAUUAGGGGCUUGGCACACAUGGAAAAUGCCAUUCUCCUACUCAGUGUGUGUUAACUCCUGGUCCCCCCAACCCUGCUGGGAGGUGGCUAUCAUCCCCACUUUCCAUAUGAGGAAAGGGAGGCCCAGAGACUGGGAUGAAGUGGCCCCAGGUCACACAGUGUGAGAGCCACGGGGGGGAUGAGAUCUAGGCUUUCACAGGGGAGGGUCUCAGUGCCCACGGUCCCCCUGCUGCCAGGCCCACACAGCUGCUGACACGAACACCCUGGCUGGCGCCCGUCGUCUCUGAGGGAACCUUCAACCCAGAGCUUCCACAGCACGCCUACCAGCCGCCGAAACUGACCAUCGGGGUCACAGUGUUUGCCGUGGGGAAGUACACUCACUUCGUCCAGUCCUUCCUGGAGUCAGCCGAGGAGCUCUUCAUGCGUGGGUACUGGGUGCACUACUACAUCUUCACUGACAAUCCCGCAGCCAUUCCCCGAGUCCCACUGGGUGCCCACCGGCUUCUCGGCACCAUCCCCAUCCAGGGCCACUCCCACUGGGAGGAGAUUUCCAUGCGCCGGAUGGAGACCAUCAGCCAGCACAUUGCCAAGAGGGCUUACCGGGAGGUGGACUACCUCUUCUGCCUUGAUGUGGACAUGGUGUUCCGGAACCCAUGGGGCCCUGAGACCUUGGGAGACCUGGUGGCUGCCAUUCACCCCGGCUACUACGCCGUACUCUGCCAGCAGUUCCCCUACCAGCGCAGGCGUGUUUCCGCUGCCUUUGGGGCAGACAGCGAAGGGGACUUCUAUUAUAGUGGGGCAGUCUCCGGGGGGCAGGUGGCCAGGGUAUAUGAGUUUACCGGGAGCUGCCACAUGGCCAUCCUGGCGGACAAGGCCAAUGGCAUCAUGGCAGCCUGGCAGGAGGAAAGCCACCUGAACCAUCACUUCAUCACAAACAAGCCGUCCAAGGUCCUGUCCCCCGAGUACCUCUGGGACGACAGGAAGCCCCAGCCACCCAGCCUGAAGCUGAUCUGCUUUUCUACACUAGACAAGGAUAUCAGCUGCCUGAGGAGCUGACCGCAGAGCUGGGGCUGCCAUGGAUAGAGACCCAAAGCCCUGCAGCCACCAGUGCUCCACUCACGUGCAGACCAGCCCCUGUCCCGCCUACCUCUGUCAGUCAGGCGAAUUCUGCCGGACAAUGGACGUGAAAAGGCCACUGUGAACUGCAGAGGACUGUGCACACAGUAGAACACAAGAUCACACUAGUGUGGCAGAAGAGCAAUGGGGGCGGGGAGGGGAGGUGCAGUUACAAAGCAAGCCUGAAAAGCUGGUUGCGUUCUGCAGCUGUGCCUUUGCAGGGCAGGCUGUGAAGCCUCAGCCUGACUCAGAGUGCCUGAACCCCACUGCGCCAGCCCCCCAUUUAUUGCAUAUUGCCCUUAACAUUGCAUUUCUAAUACCCUAGGGUGAAGGCGCCCUAGACCCCUUUUCUCUGGUCACAGGGGUCCUGGGUCCCUUGAUGUCCCAUAGCCACAUGUAGCCAAUUCUUCACUCAGGCCCCCAGAGCAAGCCUUUGAAAUGGAGUGAGUCUAGGCUCCCUCUGGUUUCCUGUACCCCCAGGUGAACUGCACUCUCAGGGACUAGCCACCUCCUUCUUAAGAGGGUUUGGGGCAGUUUAUAAUAAAGGUGGUGUGUGUUCGACCCUA